GAGUAUCCAGUAUACUGCAAACUGAGGAAGAUAGUGAUCAAGACCCAGAAAUACCGUUAAAGGAAAUCAUGCAUCAGAACGUCUAACAGCUGCAUUGUACAGACGAAGAUGCAGAAUGGAAAAAAAGUGUUGUCCACAGAGACUGUUGAGGUGGGAACGGUCACUAAAUCCAGCCGCAAACCAAGCUUGGUGGCACCUCUGAGGACUUGCUGGGGUUCUUCUCAUAUAAUGAGUUAAUACUGCCACCACUAACAGACUGGAGACAGUGGUCUCAGACGAUCAAAGAGUUGGAUACCAGCGCCUUUUACUUGCAAAGGCAAAACUUGACUUUUUUUUUUCUCAAUUGUUUUCAUCUUAUUACUACAAUUAACUUCCAGCUGGACUUAUGUUUGAUGUUUAACAGAUUCUCUCAGUCCGCUUGAAACUGAAUUUUAUUUCAGUUUUUUUUCCCAUCCUCAGUUUCUUGUCCACCCAGUGCCUAAGGGACCAUCACAGAAGUCGUCACUCGCUCCUCUGCUUUUCCUCUCCUAUGUGUUCUUGCCCUAAGCUGGCUUGACUACCUCUUUGAUAUUCCUUUCUUUAUCUUGACGUUUUAUUUCUUAAACAAAUCUUUAGUACAGUUAUAAGCUUUAGUUCCAUCACCAAGUUUGAAAAGUGGAAAGAAACCUAGAUUGUUACAAUUUCUGUAUUUUUUUAGGCUCGAUGCCCCUUUGGUCAUCCACAGCAGUGUUUAUACGAUUGCACCAAGAUUCAUUCAAACUCUUGCACCAAAUAUUGUUGCAUUUAAGCCAUAUAAAAAUAUUUAUCAAUUUCUAUUUUUGUAUCACUUUAAGUUUCUUCAGCAGCUAAGAUCUUUGAAUACAAUCGAAAUAUUUUCCGCAAGCUUAGUAUCCACACUGCGAUUUGUAUUUUCUAUCCAUCUAGUUGAGGGAAACCUUGCUUUUAAAUCAGUGCCAGGGUGCAUUUAGAUCCUGCACACAGAGAAUUCCUCAUGUUUCCAUUCCGCUGCUGCUUUGCAUAGUUUUGGUUUUCUUCUCCAUUCUGUCAUCAUGGCUCCUCCCCCCAAGCUAACACUAAAUUCACCAUUUGACCUGUGACCCCCCCCCCCCCUCCAUAGCUGAUAGACUGUAGAUCUCUUUCUCCGUCUGUCUUCUGUCCCCCCUCUUUCUGUCCCUAAUGCCGGGUUUGAGCAGUGGGGGAGGUGGGGGAGGAGUAGGAACGGCUGUUUCUUCUCCUCCCCGACCAUUUCGACCAAGCCGAUACGUCCCGGUGUCUGCAGCCACCACUUUCCUCGUUGGAUCUACAUCUCUCUUCUUCUGUUUCACGUGCCCAUGGCUGUCUGAUUCUGUCUCUCCGGUUGUCCCCAUUUACAUCGCUGUAAUCUUCAUAUUCACUCUUGCCAACUUUUGCAUGGCGACUUUCAUGGAUCCUGGAAUCUUCCCCAGAGCGGAGGAGGAUGAGGACAAAGAGGAUGAUUUCCGUGCUCCUCUCUAUAAGACGGUUGAGAUCAAAGCGAUCCAGGUGCGCAUGAAGUGGUGCUCCACCUGCCGCUUCUACCGCCCUCCACGCUGCUCGCACUGCUCAGUCUGUGACAACUGUGUGGAGGAUUUUGACCACCAUUGUCCGUGGGUGAACAACUGUAUCGGCCGGAGGAAUUAUCGUUAUUUCUUCCUGUUUUUACUUUCUCUUACCACCCAUAUCAUCGAUGUGUUUAGCUUCGGCUUGGUUUAUGUCCUGAACCACCGCCAGCAGCUGGACACGCCACAGGCUGCUGUUACUAUGGGUGUGAUGUGUGUGGCUGGCUUGUUUUUCGUCCCAGUUGCUGGCCUAACUGGGUUCCACAUAGUGCUGGUGGCCCGCGGCAGGACAACGAAUGAACAGGUGACAGGAAAGUUUCGGGGAGGAGUCAAUCCUUUCAACAAAGGCUGUUCAAGGAACAUUUCACACAUCCUGUGUCGGGCUCAGGCCCCCAGGUAUACAGGACGUCCAUAUAUGCAUCAGAAAAUGGAAGUACAGCCACCAUUUCUCAGACCAUCUCUUACUGAGGCUCAACUAGAAGCCAAAAUCCUGGACAAUGGCAUACAGAAUGACCGACAUAGCACAAGGUCUAAGAGCAGUCUCGAUCAGAUGGAAAGCCAGUCAGCUGAUGCAGAGGCUCCACCUCCUCCAAAACCGGAUCUUCAGUACUCUGGCUUGCCUCCUCCUGACACUGAGGAGAGCAGUUUGUUAACUGAAGCUCCACCCACACCAUCCAUGUUCAAGUACAGACUAGCUUACAACAGUCCGGGGAGGAACCAUUCUGCUAUUUCACAUUCGAAUAAGAUGAUCCGCGGUGAGAGUCUUGACUCUCCGUGCCCCUCCAUCCUCAAGUCUAGCCGCCAACCUAGCUAUCGCUCAGAGCCAAGUAGCCUGGAUGGGGUCACGCUGGUGGGGGGAGGUGUAGGGGUGCGCAGAGGGGGAGGGGAGAGGGGUAAGGGCUCUGGAGGCCCUGGCGGAGCUGCUGGUGGGGUAUCGGGGGGCGUGUCGGGUCACUCCCUGACUGGGCGCUCCUACACCUCCUACCCGUCCUCGCUGGUUCUGUCUGCCGCCGGCUCACACUCCUCCAGCCUGCGCUCAGCACAGACUGCACACAACCCUCUGGCCACACUGCAGUCAGAGGGCACCACAGACACAAGCUACAAAAGUCUGGCCAAUCAGACGCCUCGGAACGGCAGCCUGUCCUAUGACAGCCUGCUGUCUCCCUCCGAGAGCCCUGAGUUCGAGUCAGCCGCUCAUGAGUUGUCGCCGCAGAAGCCUCCCGGCCCCUUUCCCUCUUCAGCUAAAGCAGGCCAGCCUAGGGUGGUGUCACCCAGUAGCCCGCUGAAGGGCUACACGUCGCCCUUCCUCUCGGCUCAGAUCGCCCAGCAGAGGGAGGGGCAGCUGCUCCAGGGCUCUGCCACUUUCUCCUCCCCUCAUAGGGCCUACCUUCGUGCUGUCAGCCCACCACCCCCCACCUCCCCUCGGCCUCCCGAGGCCCAGCACCUUCUCCAGUAUGGCCAGGACCUUUCCUCCCGAGCCCUUCGUAACACUUCCUCCUUGUCCUCUUCCCCCGGGGCUCGUUCGCUAGAGCCUCCUAUCUCCCCACCUCCCCGUGGCCUCUCCCUCAGCAAGUCCACAGCUUACACUGGGGAGACAGGGUCUCAGUACAAGCUUCGGCCUACAGGAGGGGGCACUAUGGUGGUAGGGGGAGAUGUCGGAGGAGGGCACCAGGCUCCACACCCUCCUCUUCCUCCCUGAUCUGUGUGAGUCUCCUUUUUCCUCAUGCAUGGGUUUAGUCAGCCUGAAUUCCUUUUAUCAAACAGUUGAAUACAUCCUUGGAAAGAUUGUUUAAGUGGUUAGAAUGUGUGUAUCAUUAAAGCAUGACGCUGUGUGUAGUUGCUACAUGAAACAAUAGUGGUACGUCUUUAGUCUGCCAUGUCAAUGUCCUUUCUUUAUUCCACAAGUAUAAAUACCAAACGCCUUACAAGUUUCUUAGAAUAAAGAAGUUGUUUUAUAUUUUGAAAUUAGACCUUCUCACCUCUUUUUUUUUUCCCCUUCCCCCUAAUUUUCUCCAACCUCCUCCAUUUUCCCCCCAUUCCAACGGCUGCCCGAUCAGACCCACCUUUCGCCCAAUUUUGGCCAAUCACACAAUAUCCAAACCAGCGGGCGGGGUGAAGAAGGUAACCGGCGUUGGAGGGACCACGUAUGAGAUUUCAGUUUGAUUGACACUAUUGCGAGGAAGAGGGAAGAUGCUCAAUGGAUGUGGUCUACUUGGCUCUCACCCGAGCUGGAAAAUAACCAAGAAUUGAGGCCCGUGGCGAGAAACUUUCCUACUGGACUGGUCGCAAGUAGCAAGCCUGUGUGGUACUCCUGUUGUCCUUUUUAAACGCCACGAGCCAACUCUGCCAGCCUCUCCGUUUUGAACAAAAACAAACUGGGGACACUGAAGUUUCCAUUUAACCACUUUGUGAGCCAUAGACUGAUAUGACUGUGUCAACACGGCUGGGUACAGAUAUGUUGAGAAAACAUGCAUCUUUUUUGUUUUUUUUGGAAUAUGAGCAUUUUUCAGAAGGGCGUUCAACAGUUGAGAAAAGGAUUUAACUCUAUUUUAAAAGGUAGGAAAAUUAGUCUGUUGACCAAUGGAAACACAUAAAUGGACCGCAACGUCACAAAAAUACCCAACCUGUAAACUGUAUCAAUUUAGUUUUAUAAACAUUUUUCUUAAUAUGGUUUUAUAUUUGUGUAUAAAAUAGUAUGGCUCGUCAUUGGGUGAAAUUGUCAGGUAUUGAAAAGCACUAUAGAUGAGGUUGGCAAAUGUACUGUAUGUUGUUAUUCAUGGAAGAAACACCGGAGCGGAAUCCCGUCUGCUGUUGAUGGCUGCAUCAGCCACUAUCGAGCUUUUGCUGGAAUUUCAUGUCGUCCAAAGAGAAAUCGUGAUCUUGGAAUCGGACAACUAACGUGAAAAUAAUUACGAUUAUUUUUGAAAAAGCCACAAGGAAACUUUUAAUUCUCUCGACUGCAGCACAAGCAUCUUUGUGGAAUGUACGCUUGUAAUGUGUAUGCUAAAGACAUUAUGCAAAAUCUCUUUGUAGCUUUAAAAUGUUUCUUUUUCUUGUGUUUUUAGUUGAUCCUUUUCUGUGAUAUUUGUCUAACAGCUGAGAGGCUAGCGACCGCAAACAUUAACUGGUGGCCAGCCACAAAGGAGCAGUGAGGGAAGGGCUUAUUUAUUUUAUCAGAAGAUAUGACCUUGGACCUAAGUACAUUUUUUUAAGUUUGUUAUUGGCUAUAAAAAGAAAAAUUCUGAUUAUUUUCAAUGAAAAAAGUUUAUAAGCAACAUCAAAUAAAUUAAGGAGGGACUAGUAUUUGGUUUGAUUCUGUGUUUAAUGGGUGAUGCCUUGAGUUUGUUUUUAUUUAUUUUUUUUUACUUUUUCCACAUUUGCUGGAAGAAAAGUCAAGUAGAAUAGAUUUUACUUGUCAAUUUGUUUUGCUCAUUUUGAGAUGUUCAUAAAAAGGAAUAAAUUGGACAAUAUUUAAGUUUUAUUUAUUUCAUUUUCCCCCCAUCAUUCGUUGCAGUCGAAAGUCAAAGCUGUUUGAAAAGGACUCAUCUUUGGAGGGGGGAGGGGGGGAGGAUGCUAUAAGCACAUUUAGGUACCAGUCCACCCAAACAACUAUUGCAGGAUUUUAACCCUCCAAGCUUUGUCUCUGGCAUGCAUGUUGUUUCUUUUUGUCUUCUGGUGACAUUUUGCUUUUAUUAGAAAUGUUGGCUUCAAUCCUUAACCCAGUUCAGUUGUGGAUGGCAAAAGGAAAUACAUUUUAAUGGCACAAGCGUUUGCCAUGCAGAAAUAAAAAAAAGACCAUCUAUUGUUUUUUUUGUUUUGGCUCCAGCCAAGGAUUGUAGCCACUGAACAAUCUGAAACUGUGUGCGUGGAAACAGGACACUUAAAAGUGAAAUAAAUAUACUGCUGUUGUGAGCUGUGAUGAAUGGAACUAGUUUCACAAAUAUCUGUAAUGAAUACAUUAAAAACAUUUCCAAAAUGGCCUUAUAAAGAGUUUUUAAGAAAAUGUCUUCUAGAAAUAAAAGGUCAAACUUUUCAAGGA